AGGAAGAACUACAAGCGGAAAUGGGCCGUCAUUAGUAAAUACCAAAAAAAUUGGAGAAAAAUUCUGGAGUAAAACAGUAAUCACAGCGUUUAAUUUACACUCAGCUCUUACAGAUCAUUAACUUCAAACAACAUGAUUCUUUUGGAAAUUAACAACCGUAUCAUAGAGGAGACGCUGACUCUAAAAUUUGAGAGUGCAUCUAACGGGAAUAAACCUGAAGCAGUGGAAGUCACAUUUGCCGACUUUGAUGGUGUUCUUUACCACAUCUCAAACCCCAAUGGUGACAAGUCCAAAGUUAUGGUCAGCAUCUCACUCAAAUUCUACAAGGAUUUGCAGGAGCAUGGAGCUGAUGAGCUCUUAAAAAGGGUCUAUGGGAAUUUCCUUGUGGCACCUGAGUCAGGCUACAAUGUGUCCCUGCUUUUUGACCUGGAAACUCUUCCUGCUAAUAAGAAAGAGAUCAUCCACCAGGCAGGCAUGCUAAAGAGGAACUGCUUUGCUUCUGUCUUUGAGAAGUACUUCAGGUUUCAGGAGGAAGGUAAAGAGGGAGAGGCAAGAGCUGUUGUCCAUUACCGCGAUGAUGAGACCAUGUAUUUGGAGGCAAAGAAAGACAGAGUGACUGUGGUUUUCAGCACUGUCUUUAAGGAUGAUGAUGAUGUUAUUAUCGGAAAGGUGUUUAUGCAGGAGUUUAAGGAGGGAAGACGAGCUAGUCAUACAGCUCCACAGGUGCUGUUCAAUCACAGAGAGCCGCCACUGGAACUGAAGGAUACCGAUGCUGCUGUAGGAGACAACAUCGGCUACAUCACCUUUGUUCUCUUUCCUCGCCACACCAACGCAAAUGCCAGAGACAACACCAUCAAUCUAAUCCACACCUUCAGGGACUACCUGCAUUACCACAUCAAGUGUUCUAAGGCCUACAUUCAUACACGCAUGAGAGCCAAGACCUCAGACUUUCUAAAAGUGCUAAACAGAGCAAGACCUGAUGCUGAGAAAAAGGAGAUGAAGACCAUCUCGGGCAAGACAUUCUCUCGCUGAAGAACAUGGAUACUCCAAACCUGAGCUGAUGUCAUUUGAUAAGACCCUAUUGCACCACCAGUUUUUAAAGGCUCUAAACCUCUUUUUGUGUUUUGUUUCUGCUUUUUAAAAAAUAUAUGCUUCAGAUUGUAACCUAAGACAUCCUUGGAGCAUUUCAAAACAUAAUAAAACCCUAAAUACAUAGA